GGGCAGCCUCAGUCACCGGGAAAAGAAGAGCCUCCUGGACUCUGUGAGGAAGUGACAGCACAGGUAUGCGUGGCUGCAGCUCCUAGUCCAGGAAAAACUCCCUCAAGGGCAAAUGACCAAAGACGCAGGUCAAGUAGGACCUCGCCUGCCUCCAGCAGAAACAAAUCCCUACAUGAGACAGAUGUUCCGAAGAAGGAGAGGAAGACCGGCAACCUGCCUCCCAAGAGGGCCUCCAUCAGCCGUGGUCAGCAUGACAUCUUACAGAUGAUUUGCUCCAAGAGGAGGAGUGGGGCUUCCGAGGCCAACCUGAUUGUUGCAAAAUCAUGGGCAGAUAUAGUAAAACUCGGCGUGAAGCAAACACAAACAAAAGUUGUGAAGCAUGUCCCUCCAAAGCAGACGAGCAAAAGGCCAAGAAGACCCAACAGCCCUAAGAAGCCUACAAGCCACGUUCACAGUCAGUUUAGCACGGGCCACGCAAACUCACCCUGUACCAUUGUAAUAGGGAAAGCUCAGAUUGAAAAGGUACACGUGCCUGCUCGGCCCUAUAGAAUGCUGAACAACUUGGUGUUGACCCAGAAAAUGGACUACAAUGAAGAUCUGUCAGGUAAAUGCAAUCUGAGCUCCUAGUUACAGCCCUUUUGA